AUGGACGAAAGAAAGAAUCACACGAUGUCAUUGAAAUACCUUGAUACUGCUAGAAAGAUCUUAUGUAUUGGUCGUAAUUAUGCUGCCCAUAUUAAAGAAUUGAAUAACAUUGCACCUCAACAACCAUUUUUCUUUUUAAAACCAUCUUCAUCCAUUUUAAAACCAAAUGAAGGACCAUUCUUAGUUCCAAAGGGAGUUGUUGUUCAUCAUGAAGUUGAAUUGGCAUUUACUUUAAACCGAGACUUAAAGAAUUUGCCAGAAUCUUUUGGACCUGAAGAAGCUUUAGAAUGUAUUGAAGGAUAUGCAUUAAGUAUUGAUAUGACUGCUCGUAAUGUUCAAGAUGAAGCUAAGAAAAAGGGAUUACCUUGGUCAAUUGGUAAAGGGUUUGAUACUUUCUUACCAAUGUCUAAUUUCAUUCCAAAAGAAAAGAUCCCAGAUCCUUAUAAUGUUGAAUUAGUAUUAAAGAUUAAUGGAGAAGUUAAACAACAAGAUAUGACUAAUUUAAUGAUCUUCCCAAUUCAUAAAAUUUUGAGUCAUAUGUCUUCUAUUAUGACCUUACAAAAGGGUGAUUUGAUCUUGACUGGUACUCCAAAGGGUGUUGGUCCAAUUGUUGCUGGUGAUAAGAUUGAAGCAUAUCUUAAAGUUGAUGGUAAAGUAUUAGAAGAAAUUAAAUUGGAUGCUGAAGAAAAACCAGGACCUUAUGAAUACAAAGAAAUUUAA